UUACAUGAAUGAAUGAACUCUCUUCAUCUUUUAAGGCAGAUUUAAACGCUUACGACUAUAUAGUCCACUACCACCUACCGAGCCGAAGCCACCCGAGUUUCCCUUCUCAUAACCCAUGUAAAUAAAUUCUCACUCAACAAACCGCCCAUUGUUGCUCCUUUCUUCUUCAAUGGCUUCUCCAAGGCCUGCCUUUCUCUCCACUCAAAGAACAGCGCCCUGAAUAGAGCUUUCUUUUCUCUCUCAAGCCAAACCCGGCCCACCCUCCCUCCCUCAAAUCAACUCUUAGAAGAAGCCAGUAUGUCGUCGGCCACGGCGCAGCAGCAGCCGGUUCUGGUUUACCCCAACACCAUCACGGCGGAGCCCUCGCUUUCGCGCCCCAGAGAAUCGUUUGGGACAGUGUUCAUUGUCCUGGCAGUCGUCGUUGUUCUCUCCGCCGUCGCCUGCUGCCUCGCCCGGCUCUGCAACCGGCGGCUGCAGCGCGCGAUGGAGGAGCCCGCCGGCGGGAUUUGGCCAGAAGAAAGGACGGAGAGGAAGAGCCACGUCUUUUACGGAGGAGAAGAGGGGAAUAUUCCGACUAGCAAUGGGUUUGAAGAUGGAGAAAGGACAGGAUCUAAGGUGGCUGAAAAUGGCGGACUUACAGGCUAUGAGAAAGCGAGAGCCUGUCUACAAGACCAAACCUAGAGGGCUAUCAUAUUUAGCUUGCUAGAGGAAGACCUAAACAAAGACAAAGACAAAGACGAAGCCAGCCAGCCAGCCCGCCCGCCCUGCAACCUCCCACCUCAGCCCCCGUCAACGCCAGCAAGAAGCACACCAUCGGCGGCAGAUACCGGACGAGAGAAGACGUCGGAAGAAGCUGACCAGAACACGAACUCUAAUCUAGCAGAAUAGAAGGGAGAUCGACAGCCAAAAUACACAAAUUAUUAUUAUUAUUAUUAUUAUUAUUAUUAUUAUGUUAGCUGUUAUUAGUGAUGUUUUUGUAGAUCAUAUGCACCCAUGGGCCAUGGCGGCUUUAUGUUAACCCAUAUUUUUUGAAAAUUAAAAUAAAUUUCCAUUAAUCAAACUAAAAUCUACA